GUCAAUCGCAGCACACAAGAAGGGGGUGGAAAAAAGGUCCGGGGCUGGAGAUUAGGGUUCUUGGAGGGGGCGAAUUGAGGUAGGUUUUCUUUGGAAGUGAAGAAAGAUGGGAUGCGUUUGCUCGAGAGGAAAGGGGGAGGAGAGAAAGGAUCUCUCUGUCUCCGGGGAAGCGGCGGCGGAGGACGGGUUCGCGGGCAUUCGGAAGGGCGGUUACGGGAUCUAUGAUUCCGGGGAGCUUCGGAUCAAGCCGGCGAAGGCUGGAGCUGGAAAGGUUUCAGAAACAAGUUCAAUUUUGGGAAGGGCUGGCAUUGCUGGCCUAGAGAGGGCUGUGGAGGUCUUGGAUACCCUUGGAAGUAGCAUGUCAAACUUGAAUGCUGGCAGUGGAUUUAUCUCUGGAAUUACAUCUCGAGGAAAUAAAAUUUCAAUACUGGCAUUUGAAGUUGCAAAUACAAUUGCCAAAGGUGCUAAUUUGUGGAGGUCACUUUCAGACGAAAACAUCAAAUUCUUAAAAGAAGAGAUUUUGCAGUCUGAUGGAGUAAGACAACUGAUUUCGGCAGAUACCAAUGAGCUUCUAUGCAUUGCUGCUGCUGACAAAAGGGAAGAGCUUGAUAUUUUAUCCAGAGAAGUGACUCGGUUUGGGGAUCUUUGUAAAGAUCCUGGAUGGCAUAAUUUGGGCCGCUAUUUUCAGAAAUUGAAUUCGGAUCUUACACCCCUGGAACAAUUAAAGGAAGAGGUAGAAACAACUAUGCAACACUUGAUAAAUCUGACUCGGAACACUUCUGAGCUCUAUCAUGAGUUACAUGCGCUGGACAGAUUUGAACAGGAUUAUCGAAGGAAGCUUCAGGAAGAAGAGUCGUUACCUGCAGCUAGACGAGAAAGUCUUAUGAUCUUAUAUAGUGAACUAAAACAUCAAAGAAAGCUUGUGAAGAGUUUGAAAAAGAAAUCCCUCUGGUCUAGAAAUUUGGAGGAGAUAGUGGAGAAACUUGUUGACGUUGUUACCUUUUUACAUAAAGAGAUUUUGGAGACAUUUAGCAACACUGGUUCCGGAUUGAUGGACCCUAGGCCAGUUCAAAAUCAAAGAUUGGGUGUUUCUGGUCUUGCGCUGCAUUAUGCCAACAUUAUCAAUCAAAUUGACAAUAUAGUAUCUAGACCGCUUGUCCUUCCUCUAAGUACAAGAGACUCUUUAUAUCAUGGAUUGCCAGCUGGAGUGAAGGCAGCCCUGCGUUUCCGAUUGCAAGCAUUUGAUGCCAAAGAAGAGUUUACUGUAGCUCAAAUCAAAGCUGAGAUGCAGAAGACUCUCAAAUGGAUUGUUCCCUUGUCUGAAAAUACAAUAAGAGCACAUCAAGGUUUUGGAUGGGUUGGAGAGUGGGCAAAUAUUGGCACCGAAUUUAACUCGAAGCCAGCGCCACAGUACAACAUUUCCCGUAUCCAAACACUUUAUCAUGCAGACAUGGAGAAGACAGAUCAAUGCAUUCUUGAACUGGUGGUAUGGCUUCACCAUCUAGUGAUUCAGGUGAAAAAUCGGGGUUACGGGUUCAAACCAUUACAACCAGUUAGAUAUCAGUCCCAAAAGGGAACAUCAUUACCACACGAGCCCAGGCAAGAUUCAUCCCAGGUUUGCAAUACCAGAGCUGAUGAUGUCCUUCAAAUUUCUGAAGAGGAAAGAGAAUUGUUGGACUCCCUGAGAUCAAACAGAACGAUAUUGGGGAGAAGCAAGAGCUUGGAGCUUGCAACGAGGAAAGGUGAAAGGGGCCAAAGAAAUAGGGGUCUAAGCAGGAGCUCUGGAAAUUCUCCUGCCAAGGAAUUCAGUUCGGCCUUGGACUUGCAAUUUGAGAGGACAAGAGUCUUGGAUGUAAUGGAUGGAAUACAUACACUGGCGCCAUUUUAUACAUAGUUUUUUUUUACAUUAUUAUUUUGAUAAUCUAUGCAAUUGGUUUCUUUUUUGUUGUUGUUGUUGUAGUAUAGAUACUAUCUAAGGGAUCAUGUGCAUGAAUUAUGAAAAGCUAUAGUAUUGGUGGUCUCU